AUGGAAUUUCACACAAAUUUUCCAUCACAUUUAAUUUAUACAAAAUUACCAUGUACUCCAUUAAGUCUUACAUGUAAUGAAGAGUGUACUGAGGCAUAUAUUUGUGAUGAGUUAGGAACAUUAUUAAUAUUCGAUAUAACAAAUCAAAAAGUAUUAUAUAGAACUCAACUUCCUGAUGGUGCAAUUCAACUCCAAAUAUCACCAAAAGGGGAAUACCUUUUUGUAUUAUGUUUAAAUUCAGCGAGAAAUCGAAUAUUAUAUAUUUAUCGAGUUAUUCGUCCAUUUAGAUUAAUUGAAGUUGACGUAAUACCAAAUGUAUUUGCAAUAGCGUUAUUAAGUGAUUGUUCAACAUCACCAAUUGAUUUUGCAGUAUUGUGUGAUGAUUUUGAAUCAGUGAUUCGAUAUUAUUAUGGAAAUACAGCAAAUAAAUCAUAUGAAAUUGUUAGUCAAAAACGUCUUCCUUUUAAAGCACGAUAUUUUAUUUCAAACUCAAGUUAUUCACAAAUUUGUGCUGCUUCAUUAAAAGAGCUAAUGGUGUUAUCAUCUAAUUUAAUAACAAUUAAGAAAGAAGAUUUACCUUAUAUUGUUGCAGGAGUUGCAUUUUCAGGAAAUGAAUUAUUUACAUUAGCUGGUUGCUCUUUAAAAUGUCUUGAAGAUGAAAAACGAGAUAUCUUUUUACCAUUUGGAAUGCCAAUGGUAGUUCAAUCACAUAAAAUACAUAUCAUCGCUGCAGAUAGAAAUAAACUUUAUGGAAUUGAUACAAAAAGUGGUAAAAUUUAUUUUGCUACUCAUCUCCCUGAUAAAGUCCUUAUUCGUAGUGUUCAUACCAAUGAAAAAAUGUCAACUUUUGCUAUCCAGUUAGCAGGACAACCUGUUCUUAUUUCUAUUAUUUCUACUGAAGCAAUUCGUAGUCGUGCUGGGCUAUUAAACCCAAUAGAAUUAAAAGAAACAAUUAAACUUGUAUUUAGUAAUAUUCCUGAAACUGAAUUAUUUCGUGCUAUUGCUGAGGCACCCGUUUCUGUUCCAACGUCAAGUUUUUCAGUUUAUGUUGGUAAUUUUAAUGAAAUUUCAGCUGAUGAUGUUAAAGAAGUAUUCCAACAAAACUUUGGUGGUGUUAUUAAAGUUCGUCCUAAAACUGGUCAUUGUUUUGUUGAUUUUAAAGAUGACACCUCAAUGAGAAAUGCUCUUAGUAAAGAAAAAAUCUCUGUUAAAGGUCAUGAUGUAUUUAUCAAAGUGGCUCAAAAAAAUGCCAACGCUAAGAGAUAA